CACGCACAGCGAGCACGCAGCCAGACACAGCGGCGACUCUCUUCCUUAUAAGGCAAGAGCGGCGUAGCGCGGCGCAGGGCGGAAGGCGGCCGCGGUGCCUACUGGGAGUUUCCCGACCGGAAGAGAGACGCCGAAGGAGUGAGGGAGCGACAGGAGACUUCUGUAAAACAGCGAGACUGAUUUACCCCCCAGCGAGAGGAGACCGAUAAGGCAAUGGCUGAGCUGGCGAGUCUGGUGCAGAGGCUGGAGGUGGCCGUGGGGCGCCUGGAGGCCGUGGCGGGGUCGCAGGGGGACAGCCCAGGAGCCGGCGAUGCCGGGGCAGUCGUGCAGUUCGUACAGGAGUUCGAUGCCCUGGUGUCUGGCACUGUGGCUCAGUACUGUUCCCUCAGCCAGCAGAUAGGGGGCGAUGUCCAGAAACACGCGGAGAUGAUAAAGCAGGCUUUCGCUGCACAGAGACAGAUCCUGGUCAUAGCCUCCCGCUGCCAGAAGCCCUCUGACGCCACGCUGACCUCGCUGCUGCAGCCCGUGUCCAGUGUGAUCGAGCAGGUCCAGUCGUUCCGAGAGAAGAAUCGCAGCAGCCCGCUGUUCAACCACCUGUCCGCGGUCAGCGAGAGCGUGCCCGCCCUGGGCUGGGUCGCCAUGGCCCCCAAACCUGGCCCCUAUGUGAAGGAGAUGCAAGAUGCUGCCAUGUUCUACACCAACCGCGUCCUCAAGGACUACAAGGACAAGGAUAAGCAGCAUGUGGACUGGGUGAAGGCCUACCUCUCCAUCUGGACAGAGCUGCAGGCUUACAUCAAGAUGCAUCACACCACCGGCAUGAGCUGGAGCAAAACUGGUCCUGUGGCUUCGGCCUCCUCUGCUGCUUCGCCCCCGGCUGCUGGCGGCCCCCCUCCCCCGCCCCCCGCAGGCCCGCCCCCCCCAAUGGACCUGCCCCCAUCCAGCCAGGGCAGCUCGGACGCCACCCGCUCUGCCCUCUUCGCCCAGCUGAACAAGGGCUCUGACAUCACCAAGGGCCUCAAGCACGUAUCGGAUGACCAGAAGACGCACAAGAACCCGUCUCUGAAGUCCCAGGGCGGUCCGAUCCGCACCGGGCCCAAGCCCUUCUCCACGCCCCAGAUCCGGCCCUCCGGUGCUGCCGCCGCUGCCGCCGCCGCCCCUCAGAGCAAACAGCUCCCUGUCCUGGAGCUCGAGGGCAAGAAGUGGCGAGUGGAGCACCAGGAUGGGGCGCAGGGCCUGGUGAUCAGCGACACCGAGCUCAAGCAGGUGGUGUACGCCUACAAGUGCAGCAACAGCACCCUGCAGGUCAAGGGCAAGAUCAACUCCAUCACCGUCGAUAACUGUAAGAAACUGGGCCUGGUGUUUGAUGAUGUAGUCGGGAUCGUGGAAGUGAUCAACUCCAGAGAUGUGAAGAUCCAGGUGAUGGGCAAGGUGCCCACUGUCUCCAUCAACAAGACGGAUGGGUGCCACGUGUACCUGAGUGAGCAGUCCCUGCAGUGCGAGAUCGUCAGUGCCAAGAGCUCGGAGAUGAACGUGCUGGUGCCUGGGAGUGGGGGCGACUUCACGGAGCUGCCUGUGCCGGAGCAGUUUAAGACGGUUUGGGAUGGCAAGAAGCUGGUCACCACGGCAACUGAGAUUGCCGGGUAGAUGACAUCCUUUUCUGCAUCUCCCUCCCCCCACCCCAAAACCGCCACCCACCCAACCAAUCAGCCAAUCACAGAGCAGCUGAGUUGACCUGCCAUUGCCCAAUCAGAGCUACAGCUGUGCCUUCCUCCAGCCAAUCCCAGAGAGGGCUUCAUUCUGCUUUUGGUGUGGGUAUUAACAUUGGCCAAUGGGACACCAGCGCACUGUUUUUUUCAAUUUUAUUUUAAACGGUUUUGCCAACAUUUUUCUUUGAAUUUGCUGAACCAUUCCUGCCAAACAGGGGGUUGGGCAGCUGGGCUGUUUGCUCAGUCCAUGGGGGUACAGGGCCCCCCACUCUGUCCAGGGUUACCCAGCGUGUGUCUCUGUCUUUCUCUGUGAUGGACUUGUUGGUGGGGGGGGGGCUUUCAGAAAUAUGCAAGGGCACCCCAAGCGUACAAGACCUUUCCAUAUAGUUCACUCUGUCUGAGCAUCUGUUUACAGCAAUCAAAACUAAUAAUAAUGUUUAUGAAGUAGGACUGGUUAGUAAAGUUAUAGUUAUCCUGCAGGUAGGAGCUUAAUUUUCACAAUUAAUAUUGCAGCAAAAUUACAAAAAAAAUCUUUGUUUCCAUUCCAGAUAGUUCCCAGCAUUCCCUGUUUUGUAUCUUUUUUUCGUCGUCUCUGUUCUGCGCCUGUUUGUUGCUCCAGAGCUGCGGUUCUGUCGGAGAGGGAUGGGAGCCGGGAAGAGCUCGAUCCUCCCUCUGGGGCUUCGUGUUCGCGAGCGCCCGCGCCGCGAGCCACUCUGCACUGCUUUUGGGCAGGUGUGUCGCUCCAUUUCGUGUAACCGCAGGGCGUAACUGUCGGUCUGGGGCUCUGCCGGUCAGCCUGUCUGUCUAACCUCUGUAGCUCGGUGUGGGUUUUCUUUCACUAUGAUCCAAUAAUAUUAAUCUUAUUCAUCAGUACUGGAUGAUGACAUUUUUCAAAAAAUGAGACGCAAUAAAAAUGUUCCUGGAGUUGC